AUGUGCCAGGAUGCAGGCAUCGAUCAAGAAAAUCGCUGCUACAACCCAGACGAAGGAGGAGCGAAUGUGGUGAGGGCAGCUAAGGAAGCUCAAAUGGAGAACCCAAAGGAGGUAGAGUCUCCCAGCACAGGGGCAACGUGCUCCCCACUGGAGGAACAAGCAGAGAAACCCUCCAUGCUCUGUUUUAAGAAGCGGAAGAAGCCCUGUAAGAAGGGGCUGACUGUGAAGGAUGCGUGCGAAGGAGCCUCAGAGGAGAAAAGCCAAUGUGUCAGCACCGACCAAGGGGAGGCAAAAGUUUCCAGUCCAUCACAGUCCUCCAAAGGAGCCUGGGCAGCCAUCAAAAACCUCACAAGGCCUCGGAGAAGGCAGAAAUCCUCCUCACGGAAGAAGGCACAGUCCGAUUCGCAGGUGGAGCUGGAGGUGGAUGCUGAGGAGAGCUGUGCACAAGACCUCCCGAAGAAACGGGCCAGCUCUGGCGUGAAGAUGCCCUGCAUGCGGUUCUCCAGGGGCAAGAAGAAACCCAGACCCUCGGAAGCACUGGAGGAGUCAGAGGGCAGCGUUCAAGCAAACGAAGUGGUGGGUGUUUUGAACAAAGCCUGUGAAGAGCCAGAGGAUUUGGCCCCGGCAGAAAAAUCUGAAUCCUUCAGCCCAGUCUCUGCAGAGGAGGACCAGGCUACAGUGAAAGAGGACCAAGCUGCAGUGAAAGAGGACCAGGCUACAGUGAAAGAGGACCAGGCUACAGUGAAAGAGGACCAAGAUACAGUGAAAGAGGACCAGGCUACAGUGAAAGAGGACCAAGAUACAGUGAAAGAGGACCAGGCUGCAGUGAAAGAGGACCAGGCUACAGUGAAGGAGGACCAGGCUGCAGUGAAAGAGGACCAGGACACAGUGAAAGAGGAGCAGGCUGCAGUGAAAGAGGACCAGACUAUAGUGAAGGAGGACCAUGAUACAGUGAAGGAGGACCAGACUACUGUGAAAGAGGACCAGGCUGCAGUGAAGGAGGACCAGGCUGCAGUGAAAGAGGACCAGGCUGUAGUGAAGGAGGACCAGGCUAGCAUGAAAGAGGACCAGGCUGCAGUGAAGGAGGACCAGGCUAUAGUGAAGGAGGACCAUGAUUCAGUGAAGGAGGACCAGGCUUCAGUGAAAGAGGACCAGGCUGCAGUGAAGGAGAAGCAGGCUAUAGUGAAGGAGGACCAGGCUAUAGUGAAGGAGGACCAGGAUAUAGCAAAGGAAAAUGACAACUCUGUUGAGAAGAGUGAGCCCUCGACAGAGCACACACCUGACAUGGAGGAACAUACGGAGUGCACUGUUCAGUCAGAGAUAACUGAUUCAGAGACAGUUAAUGAAAUAGCCCAGGACAAACUCCAGGAAGGGAGCCUACCCCAAACCACAGACGAUGCAGAGGGCAGAGAAGCUCCCAAAGCACCUGUUUCCAAGGAUCAACCCGACAGUCCCCUUGAAACCACCGAGCAGGAGGAAAUCCCUAAUAUCUGCACAGAGCUGCCUGAAGGGGAUGAAUCAGAGAAGAGCACAAAUCUUCCUGAGGAGUGCAAAGCCCAGGAGACUGUAUCAGAGUUCAGUGAGUCGACAUCCAGAGACAACGGAGCGAGUGUGCAGGAAUGCUCCAGCCAUCAGGUGACAUCAGAGGCAAACGCGGGCGCCGGCAUUGGCGUCGGCAUCGUCAUCACCAUCACUGAGGCUGAGGACUCUGACAACACCGACUCCGACCAGGCCUAUGAGCCGUCCCCAGUUCUGCACCAAAAUAAGCAAAAAGGGAAUAAAAAAUCAAACAGGAAUGCUGAUGUUGGUAAAAAAGAGGGCCCUGAGGCUGGUGGUGGUCCCCAGGCAGAGGACAAAAGUCUGGGUGACCAGGGGCACAGAACUGGGGAGCAGUACGAAUUGCUCCUCAUAGAAACUGCCUCCUCCCUCGUGAAGGCAGCCAUCCAGUCAUCCAUAGAGCAGCUGGUCAAUGAAAUGGCCCUGGAACAGAAUAAACACAACAGUUUUCUGUGAGGGGAGCUUUGCCCCCAAGAGGAAGAGCAGAGGGAGUGAUUUAAAGCCCCAUUUGUCCUGGGGUGUGUGUGGAGAGCUCAGAGGGCUCCCAGGGCUGAGGUGUAGUUAAUUCUGCAUGCCCCUCCAGUUGUGUGUCUAUGUGAAAUGGAUCCUGAGACGUGGGCAGACCCUGCUACAUACACUGUGUUCCCUGGGGCCUCAGACAACACCACUGACUGCAGCUGCAGAAAAAUGAAGGUGUUACAGUGACUGUAUUUUCAUUUAUUGGCAUAAUUAUAUCAAGGCCACAUUUCUGCCAGCACCCAUGCCAGGUUGCCCCACUGUUCAUGCUGUAGAUCUGUAUAUACCAUGUGUUUAAAUAAAGGUCCUGAGAGGCAGCGAGUGCCCGACCUGCUGCUGGGCUGGAUUCGGGGGCACGCUGGAACAGCUGGAGGUUUGCCUGGGGUGUGUUGGAGAUGAGGGAAAGCAAAGCAACUGCAGUGUUAACACGAAGACAUCACUGUCAGAAGGGCUCAGGACAGUGUUUAGUGUUGUGAACUGUAGGCAUUCGCUACCUACGGGCGCCAGGACCGGGGGUCACCGUUGCUGUCCCAUCGCGUGAAGCCGGCAGGCUGCAGCGAGAAGUGUUCUGUGUUCUGCAUUCGGCCUCUCCCGCUGCCACGAGCAGCCUGUGCAUCUCCAGACACGUUAAAGCACAGCAUCAGCCGCUCGCCUUGCUGACCCCGGGCUGCACAAACGCCAGGAAAGCGACAACGCUUCGGGGGAGGGCCUGUUCUUGCACCAUUAAGCUCAACGGGCAAAAAUUCCCUGCGGCAUCAGCGGCGUGGGCUGGGCGGGAGCGGUGCCUGCUGCGGGCAGCCCCUCUCCUCCCUGGCCGUCCUCCCCCCCAAUCCUGGUGUCGUGGUGAAGCUGUCCUCAGAUGUAGCAUAUUUUUUUAUAUAUAUAUGGCAUGUGAUAUAAAUAGCAGUGAGCUGCAUGCGUGUUAGCAGUCAGCAUAGUUUGGGUAGCUGCGAUGUUCUGCCGGCACUGGAAUUGCUUUGAUUUGGUCUGGGCGCUGCUGGCGUCCCUGGGUGCUGGCGGCAGCCGUCCUGCACCGCUCCCCGCUCUCCACAAAGCCCGCCUGCCUUCAUCCCAGCCCAGGCAUCCCUUGGGAAACGUGCAUUAUGCCCGGCUCGCUGCCACCAGGCUCCGGCUGGCUCUGGCACGCCACGUAGCGCGCCUGAAACAUGCAGUGAAAUGCUGGAGCGAUCUUACCGAAGUCCUCAGGGAAAAAAUCUAGACAUGGAGGGCCUGAGGACAUGGCUGGAAAAUGCCUGGACAAGCCUACUGUCGUCAAAACCCGUGAACUGCCCUGCUCCAAGGGGGUUUGUGCGUGUGCGAGCACCGCCUCCCACUGCAAGCCCUCCAAGAGAAAGGGGCCUUUUAAUAUUUUGGGAUUGUGUCUGCAUGGCUGGGAUUUAUGUCCAGCUGUGGGCAAGGCAGUGUGUUCCUCUGAGAAAAUUCUCCUGCGUGUUUCUCAGCCGAUACAGAAAUAGCAGCCGCGCUUGGCACUUGCUCCCUGACCAUGGGCGGUGCGCUGAGAUUUCCCUUCCCAGCGUAGGAUUUGGAUUCCUGCUAAAAUACAAGGGCUGUACAUGUCCCUGGUACCUGGUGCACAACCACAGUGUGAACCUUGAUAAAGCAUCUCCGUUGUUAUGAGAGGACUGCGACAGAGAGAGCGACGGCUCAUUUCUGUGAAAGUAAAACUUUAGAAAAAUCAGAGGGUGUUUAAAAAAAAAAAGUGUCUUUUUUUUCUGUGUAUUUAUUUAUUAAGUUAUCAGAUAUCGAUAAUUCAGUGUGUACAAUUUUAAUGGCUUUGUACUUCAUACUGGUCCUUCCAGGUGUUUUGCCAUAGUUUUGAAAGGGACUCUUAAAGGACUUUUAGAUGCACCUUUGGAGCUGCCACAGCACCCAGCAAGAGCCAUACUGGUAUUGGGGGUUGCUUAUGGAAUUACAGCGGGCACUGUGGCAGGUUGGUGCCAAGCAAAGGGCUGCUGUGGGGCCCUGCUGGGGUUGGCUGUGGAGAAGGAUGUCCAAGCUCUAGUAAAUAAACAGAAAAAGACCCCGUGGGGCCAGGCUGUCAUCUUCUGUCAGCCCACUUCGCGGUUUUGGGAGGAUUUCGUGUUAUUUCAGUAUUGCCUUUUGGGCAAAACGCGCCUUCAGAAGUGGAGGAGAAUGGCAGAAAUGCUUUGGUCCAGCCCUGCCCUGCGAGUGUUGCUCUGUGUCCAGGGUUGUGUUUGCAUCCUCUCUGUAGCUGGUUUUCUCUCUGUUAUAGGUGUACAUAGAACUGAUGAUUAUUUCAUUAAAGCUGAAUGUACCUGUU